UCACAUUUAAAAGUGGUAUUCCCGCGCUGACAAUUGCAGUGGUAUUUUUAUGCGUCGACGUACAGUACAUGCGAAAAAAAUUUUACUCGUAAAUCAGAACUUGAUAAACUUUUAAACUGUGUGUGAUAUUAAACUGAUUUAAUGUCCUGUCAAAAUGACCAUAUCGGCUUUGGACAACAAUACCGUAAAACUAAUUACGACCACGCAAAUUAUAACUUCAGUGUCGAAUGCUGCCAAAGAAUUAAUAGAAAAUGCGUUAGACGCGAACGCUAACAAUGUGGAAGUUAAUCUGACAGAUCACGGUGCUACUUUGAUAGAAGUGAAAGAUGACGGUUGUGGCAUUGCCAAAUUGGAUGCACCUUACAUGGCUUUGCCUGCUUACACCUCGAAAAUUUCUAACUUCUCUGAUUUGGACUUAUUAGAGACGUAUGGAUUCAGAGGCGAAGCAUUAUAUGCCUUAAGCGCUGUAUCAGAUCUUACAAUCGUAUCCAAAACGGAAGAAGAGGAAGUGGCUACAUCGUAUGCCAUUGACAACCGUGGAUGCAUCGCAAAAUCUGAACCGUGUCACAGAGCCAGAGGAACAACUGUUCAAGUUAGACAAUUAUUUAAACAGCUACCUGUGAGAAGGCAAAUUAUUACUAAUCCGAGGAAAGGCAAUCAAGAUCUUAAAAUACUAGAAUCAUUCAUCAAAAGUUAUGCGAUGUGCAAAUUUAUGGUACGAAUGAGUUAUAAGGUAGACAACAAUGUUGUAUUUACAAAGCCUGGCACAUCUUCGUUAGAAGAAGCAGUAUCCUGUGUUUUAGGAAAGAAGGUGACAUCAAAAAUGGCUUGGAUAAAUAUUGAGAAUGAAGAGUUUAGAAUGAAGCUAAUGCUGCCUCUGAAAGAAUCUCGGAAUGUAUCUGAAGUGUUUCAGUCUGGAGCGCAGUAUAUUUUUGUAAAUAAUAGGCCUAUCAAAUAUAAAGACUUAGAAAAGGUUGUAAUUAAAAUAAUAUUGGAAGCAUUCGAAUACGAUUCAUCAUCCAAGAAGAAACCAAUAUUUCUUUUGCACAUUUUAACGAACGCUAGAAAUAUCGAUGUUAAUCUAGAUCCAAAUAAAACCUCCAUUCUUUUUAAAGAACAGCAAGCAAUUCACGAUACACUGGAUACACGUAUAAAAGACUUCUAUGGAAUAAAAAAAGAAGUACAAGUAGAAGAAAAUCCUUGCGAGGUCUCAAUAAGCGACUACCAAGACUACUCUCAAAGAGAAAUUGAUGAUGACAAAAAAACCGAAUGGCCUGCUUGUAAAAAACGAAAAUUACCGAUUGAAGAAAAUGUUGAUACAUCUAAAGAGAAACGCGUGCGUGCACCAGAUAAACGCGAUGACAGUGACCAAACUUGUGAUUCUGCUCUAUAUACGAAUUCCGAAAAUAAUAAACAAUAUAAUCCUGAUCUAAAUCUGAUCGAAGAAAGCACUAAUACAUCUAAAGAGAAACCCAUGCGUGCACUAGAGAAACGCGAUAACACGGACCAAACUGGUGAUUCUGCACUAAAUACGAAUUCUGAAAAUAAUAGACAAGGGAAAAGCACUGAAAAGCGAACAAAUGAUCAAGACAAGAAUAAUGAUGUAUGGAUGAAAGAUACAGAACAUUUUAAUGUUCCUUUACCACAUUUAGAAUUAAGUGAGUCAGAUUCAAACGAUUCCCAAAAUUUCACGCUAGUGUGCAGCAGUGAUGAUAAUUCAUCAAUUGCACUCAUGAAGCAAGAAAAUGAUGACGAUAGCCCUCCGUUUGAUUUAAAUUCACAGGAUACAUUAAGUCAGUUACCAAUUGUAGAUUUAGGUGAUGACUUUGACUGGAACGAUUCCUUGAUUAUUAAUAAUGCGGAUACAAAUGAAAAAGAAAAUCAAAUGCAGGAUGAAAAUGUACCCACAGUCUCGCGAGAACAAAAUAAAUCAGAUAAAAAGAAGUGUGUUACAUUGUUAGAAUGGAGCAAAGGGCAUGUGCCUGGUUUAAAGGGAGGCACAAACGUGCAGCCUUGUGCUAAUUCAAACUUAAUUGAACGAUCAGAAAGUAAUUUGCGUCAAGCUAAUGUAUGCGAUGGUUUUACUAAAUUUUCUAUGCAAAUGAGAUCAAAAGUUGUAGAACAGAAUCCGGAUAGAUCAGCAGCUCAAAUCGCGCACAUCUUGACUGAUUGCUGGAAGAAAUUAUCAUCCGAAGAACGCGGUUAUUACAGAGAUCUUGCGCGCGACGAGAAAAUAGAGCGUGAAACGGAAGAAAAAAUAACAAGAAAAUGUCCUGUAGACAAUAAAAAAGUGAGAAGUAGAUUGCUGAAGGCAUUAGAAAAAGUGGAUGCAUCGAGUUCCGAAAGGAAAGAAAAUUUAUUACUGAAAACCAUUGUUCCAUGGGACAUGGACUUGAAAAGAGUAACCGAAAAUUACUUCAAUAAUUCUUCGUGUACAAACAGUAAACUAAUUGUUGGAAUAGUAAACUCUGAGUUUUACAUUGUUCAAAAGUCUGCACAUCUUUGGCUUUUAGACGCUGUGCGUCUUAAAAAGGAGCUAAAUGUGUCCGAUACAAAUAUAAAUGAGGAAUGUGUAUCUAGUAUGGAACAGCUUUUGAAAAAGUGGUUUUCUACGAAAGAUGAUUUGUCGUUGUUACAUCCUCUACAUGCAUUACCUACGGCUGAGUGCUCUUAACGAUGUUCUUAACUUUUUCAUAUUUACUUUUAGCGCGCAAGUUAUAAAAAAUGUAUGUACACUAAUUAUAAACCUAAUUUGUUACACUAUUUCUUCCUUUCUCUAUUCACAUGUUCCAUUGCUAAUAUUAUACUCUGUAAAAUAUUAUUCGCCACAUACUUGUUCUUGUUAUAAUGGUUUUCCACAGCAAAAUGAGAGACUUGAUUUCGCUCGAAUUUAAGAAAAAAGUUCUCAACGAAAAUUAAAUAAAAUUCAAAUGGA